AUGCCAUCAUUACCAAAACCUGGCCCAUAUCUGCCAUGUAAACAGUACCAGAUUGAGACCAAGUCUGGCCCAAACCUGCCUGCUAUGCGGGUGUUGGAAAAUGACAUGAAUGAAUUUGUAAAGAAUGAACUGAUGAGAAUAAAGAACAUCCUGAGUCCAGAAGGCCCAGAUAGGCUUAAAGAAGUCAAUGAAGAAACAGCUGGUGAAGAGCAAACAAAAAGCAACCGAGAAGCAUUUGUAAAGCUUGCUCUAAACUUCCUGAGAAGAAGAAAGCAUGAUGAGCUGGCUGAAUAUCUGCAAAACAAAACACACGCCAUGAUUUCUCAACAAAAACUGAAGACUAAUCUAACAAGAAAGUUUCAGUGCUUGUUGGAGGGUAAUUCCUGGGAAGGCAGCCCAAAAUGUGUGAAUCAGAUCUACACUGAGCUCUACAUCACAAAGCAUAAGAGACAAGAAGUCAAUAAUCAACCUGAGGUCCAACAGACAGAAGCAGCAUCUUGGAAACCAGCAGAUUUAGAAACCAUCAAAUUUGAGAAUAUUUUUAUCCCUGAAAGAGAUGAGCCAGUCAGAACCCUGGUGACCAAAGGAGUUUCUGGCAUUGGGAAAACAGUCUAUACACAGAAGUACAUUUUGGACUGGGCUGAAGACAAAGCCAACCACAACAUACACUUUAUCUUCCCAUUCACUUUCAGAGAGCUUAAUUUACUGAAAGAUAAAACUUACAGCUUAGUGGGACUCAUUCAUUACUUUUUCACUGAAAUUAAAGAAGCAGGAAUUUGCCACUUUGACGAGUUCCAGGUUUUGUUCAUCUUUGAUGGUUUGGAUGAAUGUCUGCCUCCCCUGGACUUCCACAACACUCAGAUCCUGACCAAUAUUAAUGAACCUACCUCAGUGCAUGUGCUCAUCACAAACCUCAUCAGGGGGAAGCUACUUCCCUCUGCUGUUCUUUGGAUAACCACACGACCGGCAGCAGCCAAUCAGAUUCCUCCUGAGUAUGUUGACAUGGUGACAGAAGUCAGAGGAUUCACUGAUGCACAGAAGGAAGAUUACUUCAAGAAGAAAUUUAAUGAUGAGAAGCAGGCCAGCAAGAUCAUACGCCACAUUGGGACAUCACGAAGCCUUCACAUCAUGUGCCACAUCCCAAUCUUCUGCUGGAUUACUGCUACAGUUCUGGACCAUGUCCUAAAGAAGAUGGAGAAAGAAGAGCUACCCAAAUCCCUGACUGAGAUGUACAUCCAUUUCCUAGUUGUUCAGGCCCAACUGGACAAUGCAAAAUAUCACUCAAGAUCUGAGACACAUACCUUAUGGAAUGCAGAUACAAAGAAGAUCAUUCUUGCUCUGGGAAAACUGGCUUUCAAACAGCUGGAGAUGGGAAACCAAAUGUUUUAUGAAGAUGAUCUAAAACAAUAUGACAUAGACCUAACCACUGCCUCAAUUUACUCAGGAAUGCUCACUGAGGACUUGAAGAGAGAGAGUGGACUGAACCAUGAGAGGAUGUUUCGUUUUGUUCAUCUGAGCAUUCAAGAGUUUCUAGCUGCUCUUUACGUUUUUCUUAAGUUCAUGAAUUCUGGUGUCAAUCUACUAAGAAAAAAGCGUAAGUCAACUCUGCAGGAUCCUAAAUAUGAACGGCUGUACCAGAAUGCAGUGGACAAGGCUUUGGAGAGUCCAAAUGGCUACCUGGACAUGUUUGUCCGCUUUCUGUUGGGACUUUCACAGAAAGAUAAUCAAACACAUUUACGUGGUCUGAUAAAAAAGAGAGGAAAGCAGUCACAGGUCAAAAAACUGCUUGUACAGUACAUCAAAAAGAAGAUCAGUGAUUGUCCAACUGAGAAAAGCAUUCGGAUGUUUUACUGGCUGAACGAACUCAAUGACCAUUCUCUAGAGGCAGAGAUCCAACAAUACCUGAAGGGAAAUGACUUUGUAAAGGAGCUCACUCCUUCUCAGUGGUCAGCACUUGCCUUCAUCUUGUUGUCUUCACAGAAAGAUUUAAAGAUAUUUGACCUGAAGAAAUUCUCUGCUUCAAAGGAGGCACUUGUGUGGCUGCUGCCAGUGAUCAAAGAAUCAAACAAAUCUCUCUUGAGUGACUGUAACCUCUCAUGGAGAAGCUGCAUAUCUCUGGUGCCAGCUUUAACUUCCGAGAACACUUUUCUCAGAGAUCUGGACCUGAGCAACAAUAACCUGCGAGAUGAAGGAGUAACGGUGCUCUCACAGGGACUCAGAAAUCCAAACUGUAGACUGGAAGUUCUCAGCUUGUCAGGUUGUCAGGUUAAGGAGGACGGCUGUGCUUCCCUGGCUACAGCUUUGAGCUUCAACCCAUCGCAUCUGAGAGAACUUGACCUGAGCUUCAAUCAUCCAGGAGAAUCGGGACUGAAGGUCCUUUAUGAUGGCGUGCAGGACCCAAACUGGAAACUACAAACUCUUAAAGCUGAUCAUUGUGGAAAGAGGCGACUGAAUCCAUCACCACAAAGGUUUUUCCGUGAACUUACUUUGGAUGUAAACACAGCAGACAGAAACCUCUCUCUGUCAGAGCUCAACAAACGUGUGGUGGUGGUGAAAGAGAAGCAGCCAUAUCCUGAUCAUCCACAGAGGUUUGACAUCUGGAAGCAGAUUCUGUGCAGCGAGAGUUUCACUGGUCGCUGCUACUGGGAGGUUCGAUGGAAAGGAAGUGUUAGAAUAGGAGUGGCAUACAAAAGAAUCAAAAGGAAAGGAGACAGUGAGGAGUGCUGCAUUGGGUGGAACGAUCACUCCUGGAGUCUUUUCUGCACAUCCCAUUCUGUCUCUGUGUGGCACAAUAACACACUGUCAAGAAGAAUCCCAGUGUCAGCCCUUGACUCUGACAGGAUAGGGGUCUAUCUGGACUGGUCUGCAGGCACCGUGUCCUUCUACAGUUUCCCUGGGGUAGUUUCUUCUAUAAAAAAGGAUCUUCUACACACCUUUCAGACCACUUUCACUGAACCUCUCUACCCUGCGUUUGGCUUUGGACAAACGUUUGAGUUUGACAAAGACUCUACAUUGUUAUCUUCCUCAGUUGUUCUGUUAGACGUUGAGUAA